UGCAAGUCUUCCAGCAUGAAGGGAUGAAGUGGCCAAACUUUCGUUAUUGGUUGGAGUUGCAAGGCGGAGCAGCUGAGGUUGCUGCCACAUAUGACUACAUUUGGGUUGUGGAUGAUGACGUUCGUCUUCCAACGAACGGCAUAUGCCGGAUGUUCGAAACGCUGCGGGAACACAGUCAAAUCGCUUUUGCCAGUCCAUCCUUUGACAAGGAAAGCGAUGGUGUUUGGCGUUUUUUCGAUGGACACCAUCCAGGUUGCAAACUGCGCUACACCAAUUUCGUUGAAUGCACUGCUCCUAUUCUGAAAAGCUCUAUGCUUUUGGAUCCACGCUUCCAGCCUUGCUUGCGGGCAGUGCGGACAGGUUGCUUUAUUGAUUUCUGCUUUCACCCAGCUGCUGGUGGUGCAACGGAUGUUGUAGCUGUCAUCGAUGCAGUUCAAUGCCAUCACCCUCCACGCACCGCGGACUAUCCUAGUGAGAUGCGGCAAGUUCAGGAUCCGGGUCAGCUGGAGAUGAACCACUUUUGUCUUGGCGCGGGUUUGCGUUGGCAUUCCUGGAAAGGUAGGGGACAUGAAAUCUGA